UCUCAGUAAUGGGCCGGGCUAAGGGCCUAGGCCUUUCCAAUCUUCGGCCACCCAUAACAGCCGCACAGAAACACGCGUGCAAUAUCCGGAAGUACAAUUUAGCUAAGAAGCCGAUUCCGAAUUUAUUUAUUUAAAAAAGGCGAUUCCGAUUUAUUUUAGCAAGCAAUCUUUAAAAACGAAACAGUUUAUUAUCACGAGGCGAUCUCGAUCCGAUAAAGGCUCGCGCGCGAGGCCAAAUUGUGAGGGUUAGGGUUAAUUAAACCCUGGCUGAUCGAUAAUUAAUCCGUCCUCGCCGUCGCCAUCUCGGACAGCUACUAGCAUGGAGUCCGGCUACAGCGACGUCGACGACGACUACUUCGGCGACUCCGACGAGGAUUAUGGCGACGACGGCGAUUACAUGGAUGACGAUGGCGACGACUAUGGUGGGCAGGUGGUCGAGGAAACGGAGGCGCCGGCGAUGGAGAAGACGUACGUUGUUCUAACCGAGGACGACGUACGCGCGCGGCAGGAGGAGGACAUUGCCAAGGUGUGCGAGGUGCUCUCGCUCUCGCCGGGCGCCGCCGCCGUCCUCCUCCGGCUGUACAGGUGGAGGGCCGUCCUGCUCCAGGAGGAGUGGUUCCUGGACGAGCGCCGCAUACGCGACGCCGCCGGCCUCCUGCCGGCGGACGGCGGCGGCGGCGAGGUGCCCGCGCGGGUCAACCGGCGGCGGCUCACCUGCGCCAUCUGCUUCGACGUGUUCGACACCGGCGGGAUGAGGUCGGCGGGGUGCUCCCACUUCUACUGCGUCUCCUGCUGGCGCGGGUACGUCCGCGCGGCGGUGGGCGACGGCGCGCGGUGCCUGUCGCUCCGGUGCCCGGAUCCGUCGUGCCCGGCGGCCGUCGUGCGCGAGCUGGUCGACGCGGUGGCCGACGGCGAGGACAGGGAGCGGUUCGGCUGGUUCGCGCUCCGGUCGUACGUGGAGGAGAGCGCCGGGAUGAGGUGGUGCCCGGGGCCCGGGUGCAGCCGCGCCGUGGAGUUCGUGGGCGGCGGCGACGGCGAGGAGAGCAGCGAGGUGUUCUGCUCGUGCGGGCACGGGCUGUGCUGGCGGUGCGGCGAGGAGGCGCACCGGCCGGUGUCGUGCAAGACGGUGGCGAAGUGGGUGGAGAAGAACAGCUCGGAGUCGGAGACGGCGACGUGGCUGCUCGCCCACACAAAGCACUGCCCCAAGUGCCGGCUGCCGAUCGAGAAGAACCUCGGGUGCAUGCACAUGACAUGCCGGCCGCCGUGCCUCCACGAGUUCUGCUGGAUCUGCCUCAAGCCAUGGCACGGCCACGCGGCGUGCUCCCGGUACCAGCCCAACGGCACGGUGGUGGCGCUGGCCGGCGCCAACGCCGACGACGAGCGGCGGCGGCAGGCCAAGGCGUCCCUGGACAGGUACCUCUACCACUACGAGCGGUGGGACGCCAACCUCAAGUCGCUGCGCGUGGCGCUCCGCGACAUGGAGAGCCUGGAGCGGUCGGAGCUGGAGGCGAUGGCCUCGGCGGCGGGCGUGCCGGCGACGGAGAUGGGCUUCGUGACGGAGGCGUACGAGCAGGUCGGCGAGGGGCGGCGGGUGCUCGGCUGGGCGCACGCCUACGGCUACUACCUCGACCCGGACCGCGACUUCACCAAGCGGCAGCUGUUCGAGUACCUGCAGGAGGACGCCAACGCGUCGCUGGAGCGGCUGCACGGCUGCGCCGAGAGGGAGAGGAGGGAGCUCUUCGCCGCCGGCGCCGACGACAAGGCCGCCGUCGACUUCGACAAGUACAGGGCGUACAGGGAGAAGCUCGCCGGGCUCACCAGGGUGACGCGGCAAUACUUUGGGAACCUCGUCAAAGCGUUCGAGACCGACCUGGCCGAGGUCUCCUCCUCUAGUUAAACACGACUCUUAAUUAAAUCUCUUUGAUUUGAUUGGAAUCACUACCAUGUAGGAGUAUUAUUCAGCAUGGACAUACACAUGCAAUUCGAUUUUUUUA